GAGAGCUCGAGGGCAGUAGCAGCACCAGAACCUGUGAGAUAGCAGCGAAAAAAGAAAGACUAAUGACACAGCAUGAGGAGCCAGUCAUUCCAGUAACAUGGACAAGUACGAAAAGGUGAAGAAAAUUGGGGAAGGCUCAUUUGGGAAGGCCAUCCUGGUCAAAUCCAAAGGGGAUGGACACCAAUAUGUCAUCAAGGAGAUUGGCAUAUCUGGAAUGUCAAGUAAAGAAAGGCAGGAAUCUCGAAAAGAAGUUGCUGUUCUUGCCAACAUGAGUCAUCCCAACAUUGUCCAGUAUCAGGAAUCAUUUGAAGAGGGGGGCUGUCUGUAUAUUGUGAUGGACUACUGUGAGGGUGGAGACCUGUUCAAAAAGAUCAACUCUCAGAAAGGAAUUCUUUUCUCAGAAGAGCAAAUCCUGGAUUGGUUUGUACAGAUUUGCUUGGCACUGAAGCACGUGCACGAUCGGAAAAUCCUCCACAGGGACAUCAAAUCACAGAACAUAUUUUUGACCAAAGAUGGGACUGUCCAGCUUGGAGAUUUUGGAAUUGCAAGGGUGCUGAACAGCACUGUGGAACUGGCAAGAACAUGCAUAGGAACACCAUAUUACCUGUCUCCAGAGAUCUGCGAAAACAAACCAUACAACAACAAAAGUGAUAUUUGGGCCCUAGGGUGUGUCCUAUAUGAAAUGUGCACUCUUAAGCAUGCAUUUGAGGCUGGCAACAUGAAGAACUUAGUUCUGAAGAUAAUUCGUGGCUCAUACCCUCCCGUGUCUGUUCACUACUCCCAAGAACUACGUUCUCUCUUGGCACAGCUGUUUAAACGCAACCCUCGAGAGAGGCCUUCAGUCAGCAGCAUACUGGACAAACCUUUCCUCUCCUGUAGGAUAGAAAAGUUUCUCACACCACAGAUUAUUGCUCAGGAAUUCCGCCAUACUUUUCUUCACAAGCAGCCUAAAGUGGGUGUGGCGCAGGUGCCACCAGCCCAGAAGAUUACAAAACCAGCCACCAAAUAUGGAGUGCCUUUAACUGUGAGGAAGAUGUCAGACGGAGCCAAAAAGCCUGCAGAGAGGAAACCAGCUGUAAAACAUAAACCGGCCCCUCUCCCAGCAGCCCCCCAGAGAAGAGUGAGUCAAGUGGAGGAAGAGAGGAAAAAACACGAGGAUGGCAUCAGAAAGAAAAGAAUGGAACUGAUUGAGAAAGAAAGGAAACAGAGAGAGCAGAUGUACCUGUUGAAAGCAGAACAAAUAAAGAGAUAUGAAAAGGAAAAGAUCAAUCGAAUAAACCAAGCCAGAGAACAAGGCUGGAAGCAUGUCUUGAGUUCUAGUGGAGGUAGCAGCCCAGAGAGGAAGUGCUUUGUAGGAGGUAGAAAAAGGGCUGCAGGUGCUGGCUCUUCUGUCCCAGGCUCUGUUCAGGGUCCUGCUGCAGGUCCUAUCCCCAGCAAAAGCCCUUAUGAACACUACCAUGCUGCUCUGGACCAAAUGGCUAAACCACAGCCUAAAGACAUCAGCAGAGAGGGAUCCUCAGCAGGACCAGGCAGUCCCAUUCGUAGAAGUGUACCAGCUGCUGCUGGCCCAGUGCUGCUCAAUGGUCCUGCCCGCCGCAUAAACCAUGAUGCAAUCAAGAGAGAACUCCAAAUGCUGCAGCAUGUUUCCAGGCAAGCUCAUAUUAGUAGGCAGCGUGGUCAGAUGGCAGCUGAACGGGCCUGUCAGGUUGAGGAGUUCUUGCAGCGGAAGAGAGAAGCAAUGCUGAAUAAAGUGCGAGCUGAAGGACAGCUGGGUACUCGGCAAAACCUGACUGCAAUCUUUGGAAACCGGGCUGGUGGAGUUCGGUGCAGGAGACCUAAAGCCAACAGAGAGGAGGAGGAGUACUUGGCAAGACUGAGGCAGAUCCGCUUGCAGAACUUCAAUGAGCGUCAGCAGAUCAAAGCCCGACUGAGGGGAGAGAAGUAUGACAGCGAUGGUUCUGACAGCCAGGAGUCCAGUGAGGAGGCAGAGCUCAGGAGAAAGAAGAUAGAAGCUUUAAAAGCUCAAGCAAAUGCCCGUGCUGCUGUACUGAAAGAGCAGCUAGAGAAGAAGAGGAAAGAAGCAUACGAGAGAGAGAAGAGAGCUUGGGAGGACCAUCUUGCUGCUCGGGGAGUGAAGGUCGGCCUUUCAGCAGGAAGCGUGGCAGCGGUGGCAGCAGUAGCAGUAUCAUCUACCUCUGACAGUCCUCCUCCACAGCCCAGCUCCUCUCAACCAGACCCAGCUGCCAAAGCUCUAGUCCUGCUUGCAUCCAAACCCACCACUCCUGCUAUAUCCAUGACUGCUGCCCUGAAGAAUGUUGGAGCAAUUACUCCAUUAAAAGAAAGCUUACCUGAACCAGAGACUUCUUCUGUGAUCCAGAGUGAGAAAAAGAAGAUUCUGUGCAGACUUAACCAGAACCUAAAAGCCCAGACCCCAGUGGAGGAGGUGGAAGAGUCGCUUCCAGCCCCUGCAGUCCCAAGUCCUGUUCCCCAACAGACCCAGUCUGACACAGAGAAACGCCCAUCUUCCAACGGAGACCGUAAGAAGUGGGAAGCAGCAGAACUGCCUGUACUUCUUGUGGCUCAGCAAACCUUAGAGGAGACAUGUGCAACAACAACCACUUUCCAGCCAGUUUCCCCACAAAAUAGACCAUCAUCUGGUGGGGACAGGAAGAAGUGGGAGGCAGGAGUUCCACUUGUCCUCGCUGUUGCCCAACAAACUCCAGGGGAGACAUCCAUCACGACCACCGAGCAAACAGUGGGUGAAGUUGUAGUGACGGGUAGGCUGGAGGAAGAAGCUUCCAGGAAGGUGUGGAGAGCCAGUCCAGAUUCUCUGGUGUUAAGAGUACUUCAGGAGGCAGAGCCUCAGCCUGUCACCCAGCAGCUGGAGAAUGUCACCACAUGUGAAGAGGAGUUUUCUAGUCCUGAUAAGCCUAGCCAGGCAGCCACAGCAGCUGACAUUGUGAAGAUCCCCAGAGAUGCUUUGGUCUGUGCUGUGGAUCAGAGGAAUGCAGCAACAAAUGAGGCUUCACUUCAGGAAAAAUCUGUGACUGGAGCAAAGAAAACAGUGACACAGCCACCCAACCUUCCUCAGGAUCCAGCUGACCUGGAGUCGUUGGUUUUGGAAGAGGGUCUUAAACAGUCCUCACAUCCCCAAGCUGAGGUGCAGCAAGCAUGGGAGCAGGAAGCCCAUCGGCCACCAGAGGGCAUUACAAGACCAACAGACACCAAGGAAACUGAGAAGCAUGCAAAGAAACCAACUGAAUCAUCUGGCUUAACACAGUGUGAGGAGCCCCUAUUUAUAAAGUUGUGUUCCCCGGCCCACCGACGCACCGCUGCCCUCGCAAUCCUCUCAGCCCAGUCCUCCAUGGAUGAAUCAUCCUCCUCUCUGGCUUCUCGCUCACGCUCCGUCUCACCUCUGCGCUCCAAACACCAGGAUGCCCUCCUCAUCGGUCUCUCUACGGGCAUGUUUGACGCCAACAACCCCAAGAUGCUGCGGACCUGCUCUCUACCAGACCUCAGUCGACUCUUUAGCCCUCAGAAGGACACUGCAGUGGCUAGCGGGGCUAAUGCUGCUCCAGACAACAACCUUGAAAUCGAGGACCUGGAUGAGGCAGCUAAAGAUGACGACCAGUCAGAAAAUGAGGAUGCAUAUGAGGAUGAAGAUCUGCGGGACAUCAGGGCCUCCAUGGAGAGACUGCUGCAAGAAGAGGGCGACAUAAUGAGGAGUUCUGCAGAGGUCGGAGCAGGAGACUUUAAUGGAAACCCUCCAGAGACCGGAGACCAGGAGCUUUUCAACAGGAUCGCAGCUGAGGUCGACCAGGACAACAAUAAGAUGGCUGUAGAUGACGAUGAGGAUGAUGAUGAUGAGGAGGAGGGAGAAGAUGAUGAUGAUGAAGAGGAAGAUGAAGAAGGUGAGGAGGAGGAGGAAGAGGAUGAGGAGGAGUGCUCAAAUGGGAGUCCUGGUGAUGAGGAGGCCGGGGAGCUGCUCACCAAUGGAGUGGGAGAAGAGAACCACAGUAACACCAGCCAGCUCAAUGAAGAAUGGCAUUCAGAUGGCAGCUCAGAGGACCAGGUUGGAGAAGCGGAGCAUCAUGACAGCAUCUUCAGUCGUCUGGAAGAGCUUCGCUUCAACCUGGAGCAGCAGAUGGGUUUUGAGAAGUUCAUUGAGGCCUACAACAAGAUUAAGGCUAUACAUGAAGAUGAAGAUGAGAAUAUUGACCUGGGCUCCAGUUUGGUCUUGAACAUUUUGGGAACUGAGCACCAGCAUCUGUAUCCCAACAUCCUUCAUCUAGUGAUGGCCGAUGGUGCAUAUCAAGAAGAUAACGAUGAAUAAUGUUUUGCGCAGUGGAGCUGCUGGCAGCUGUGACAAUCUGCUAGCUACUUGAUGUCUUCCCAUGACGCACAUCAACGGCAGAAGGAUCUAUGCAUGAAGUGUUGCACCCACACAGCUAACAGUGUUCCAGGUGCACUUGCAUGAUGUACACUCGAGACUGUAUUUCAUACUUCGACUAUCAGCACCUGACACUAUUUUCUAACCAGUGUUCAUUCAGAAGUGCAUUAUCGAGUACGUGUUGUUAUUAACCAAAGUCAGCUUCAAGGUUCUGUAAAUGUUUCUGAAAGUCUUCGUCUGUAAGUGAACGACACACAGGUUAUUGUCACAUUAUUUAAUAGCAUAACUUGUGUUAUGUUUUACUCGAUUCAGUCGGACUCCUCAGUGGCAUUUUGUUUUGAUGGGUUAAGAUCUGGUCCUCUCAGGUGCGCUCUUUCUCUCCCAAUACUCAACAACAGCUUCAGAUUAUAAACCAGGUCUCCCUCAACACAGAUGCACUAUGAUUUACUCAACAAAAACCAGUUAAGCCUCCUUUUCUUACAACUGUUUUCACCAGACGAGAAGUUGAAUAUUAUCUAAUACAUUUUUCCACAGUUGUUACUGUUUCAGUUUAAUCCAAAUUAUUCAGAGAUUUGUCUGAGCGAGAUGUUGUUGUAUGUUGCCAAGGUAUUGUAGCAAGACUGUGGCUGGUGUCAGCUUGAUAGUCAAAGAGCAUAGACGCUAAUAAUAAUUCAUAUUUGAUUCUAAGUUAAAUAUUGUAAGUCUUUAUAUAAAAUAAACACUUUUUUAAAGAA